CGGGUAUCUUCCCUUCGCUCCGUUGGCGUAAAAUAAAGAGGAAUCUCGCGUCUCGUCGUCUCCUCCGCUCCUUGCGCCAAGACGAGUAGCGGCUGAACACAACAGGCGAGGGGCGGCGGUCUCCAUCUGGCGAGCAGAGCAGGGGAUGGGAGGGGAUCCUGAUCUGGAAGAAGCCCUUCUCUUAAUUUCAGAGCCUUAACCUUAAUACAAGUAGCAGUUUGUUUGUUCCCCCCAAAAGUUUCCCAAGUUGGAUCCGCCCCUGGUUGUUAACAUAGUAGCAAAUACAAUAUGAACAAUGAGAGUCGACCAAAGUGGAGAAAAGUUGCCUAUGGGGGAAGGCAGCCAGGCUAUGACGAUAACCACACGGACGAGUCAUUCCUUGAGGAGAUGGUUAUGAACGCCAAUGUUGUCAAGAGGGACCUCCUGAAAGUGAUGAUCGACUCGGUCUCCAUAUCUCAGUAUCUCUGCAUUGUUGCUCUUGUGGUUUCAACAUGGACCUAUACACUGAACUUGGUCAUUGAUGAGGUCACUCUUUUGAAGCUAGACACUAGUCUACUUCUUGCCGGGUUUUCGAUGCUCUUGCUCACGGCAAGUCCGUUCUCGCUCAAGCUUCUCUCCAAGUAUGUCCUCAAUACAUCAUUCUUCAUCAGUGGUCUGUAUGUUUUGGCACCGAUUUAUCAAACCCUCACUAGGUCCAUCAGUUCAGAUUCCAUAUGGGCACUUGCUGUAUGCCUUCUGUUGGUUCACCUCUUUCUGCAUGAUUAUUCUGGUUCAACUAUAAGGCCACCUGGUGCACUCAACAACCCAAAAUUGACCAGCAAUAUCUCCUUGAAUGCAUCGAUAGUAGCAUCCGUCCUUGUAGCUUCGCGCCUGCCAUCUAGGCUGCAUGUCUUUGCAAUCAUGCUAUUCUCCUUGCAGAUCUUCCUGUUUGUGCCCCUCGUCGCGUUUUGUAUUAAGAAGUUCUCUCUUAGACUUCAUCUGCUCUUCUCCUUUGCUCUGAUGAUCAUGACCCUAGGCGUCACAUACCAAUUGCAUCACAUGUUCUUCAUCCUACUGCUGGCACUGCUUGUUUUUAUCUCAAUUGUUUGCCCUUACUGGCUUAUAAGAAUUCAGGAAUACAAGUUUGAGAUCAAUGGUCCCUGGGAUGAAGCUAAACUCUGCUUUGAUAUAACUGAAUAACAGAGGAAAGUGCAUGUGCAGAAUUUUGGUUUCAAUGUUCAUUAUCUAUAAUUGAUGUAUUACCAUUAGUCUUAUUAUUCUGGAGCAAUUUAUGUGCAUGUAUAUGCUUUUCUUAACAUAUACUACCUUCGUCAGAAAAUAAGUUACUCUAUUACGGGACGUGACAUAUCUUAGAACUACGAAUCUAGACAUGUCUUUGUCCAAAAUCGUAGUACUAGGAUAUGCCACAUCUCGUACUAAAUUAACUUAUUAUGAGACGGAGGGAGUGUCUACUUGUUCCCUUACUGUGAUCAAUAUACAUGGCGGGCCUUAUCUGUUCUGCCAUAUAUUGAUAAGCUUUCUGAGCGCAUUCAGUGGUUUAAACUUUGGUGUACAAAAUAAUUAGGUACAAACAUCGUCACAUGUAAUCUUUAAUCGAGUCAAGAGAGAACUGCUCAGCCCAGUCACAUGGAUUUCUUGCAA